AUGGCACCAGGCAUCCUCGAGACGGCCUCGGAAAAUACGAGAAGCCAUGACGGCAAUGUGGAAACUACAGAGGGCGUCAUCGGCGCCAACUGCGUUGACCGCGUCACCCUGCUGCGGAGCAUGCCCGAGGCGCCCUCACAAUGCCAGGUCUGCAUCGUCGGCGCCGGCCCGGCUGGGCUGAUGCUUGGGGCGAACCUGGCGCGGAUGGGCAUCAAGGCACAGGUCAUAGACGAUAGGGCGGACCCUACCCCGGUGGGAAGGGCUGAUGGCUUGCAGCCAAAGACGAUCGAGACAUUUCGACAGAUGCGGUUAGCAGAUUCGUUGUUGCAAAGAGGCGUUCGUGUCUAUGACAUCUCCUUCUGGCGAGGAACAGCAGACGAACCUUUGCGCCGGCUGGGGCGCGAGGUGCAUUACCCCCCGGUGAUCGAUGUCCUGGACCCCUAUAUCCUGCUGGUGCACCAGGGCAUGGUGGAGAGCCUCUUCAUCGACGACAUGAAGAAGCGUGGCGUCGAGGUGAAGAGGAACUGUGCCUUUGAGUCCUACAGUGCCUGCGACUCUUUGAUGUCGAAGAAGGUCGGCGCCGCAUUGCAGAUCAACACCAGGGUAAAUGUGACGCAGGACAAGAGGACGAUCCUGGCACAGUAUCUUGUCGGAUGCGAUGGAGCACACUCCAAAGUGCGCAAGAGCAUUCCGGAGGCAAAGCCUGUGGGCAUGUCUCAACCUGUGGUUUGGGGUGUACUCGAUGGAGAGAUUGAGACCGACUUUCCAGACAUUUGGUCCAAGACUCUGGUGUACUCACAGGAGUAUGGUUCUAUACUUAUCAUUCCUAGGGAACGCAACAUGACGAGAUUCUACAUUGAGCUGAAGAGCGGGAUGAAAGAGGAUCGGAAGACUCUUGGCCAGGAGUAUAUCAUGGCCCGGGCUAAAGAGAUCAUGAAGCCCUUCACCGUCAACUGGAAGUACAUUGAGUGGUUCGGCCGGUACCAGAUCGGCCAGCGGGUGGCCAGCCGCUUCUGCGAUUCUCACCACAGGGCGUUCCUGGCAGGCGACGCAAGUCACACACACUCGCCAAAGGCAUCGCAGGGAAUGAACACGUCGAUGCACGACGCUUGGAACAUAGCGUGGAAGCUGAACUACGCGGUCCGGGGAUUGGCCAAACCGGCGCUGCUGGAAAGCUACGAGGACGAGAGGAGGAAGAUCGCGCUGGAUCUGGUCAACUUUGACUACGAGCAUGCGAAUCAGAUCGCCGGAGGUGACGCUGUUACCUUGGCUGAGAACUUCAAGACAAACGUGCGCUUUAUUUCUGGCAUUGGCGCAGAGUACGGAGAAAAUGCUCUGAACAUGAUGGAGAGCCAGACAUGGCUCCUGGGCGAGGCAAAGCCUGGUUGUUUACUUCCUCCGGCCAAGGUGACCCGGUACCUGGACUCCAACCCUGUUGACAUCCAGCUCGAUAUACCUAUGCUGGGCCAGUUCAGGAUAUACUUGUUGAUGUGGGACGUUCACCAAUCGAAGAUGUUCCUCGAGAACUUCUGCGAUGCUCUUGCUGCGGACUCAUCACUCAUUCGGCAACUGUCGGUGGCCGCCAGUCUCUCCUACGCGGCACAGCCAAGACUGCCUGCGCCAGAGGAUAUCUACGUCAGACCGGAGAGGUAUACGGCGGUCAGCCAUCUCUUCACCUUUGGACUAAUUACAACAAUGCCUAAAUCUGAUAUUGAAUUGUCCGACCUACCGCCUCUGCUACAAGAUAGCAAGUGGACAUUUUACCUCGAUGACAUCCCCGAGCAGGAUACGCGCGGUUCGCUCUGCACCAAUAAAUGGCUGGGUAGCCUGGGCCCCGGGGAGAUCGCCAUCGUCAACGUCCGCCCCGAUGGAUACGUUGGCAGCAUUGGCAGGUGGGAUUCGAGCGUCGACGACGCAGGCGAGGAUGCGGCCAGGUGGCUCGACUCGUACUUUGACCGAUUCUUGGAAGUCCCCGAGAUAUUGAAGAGAAGCCCCGUUCCGACUGCCGCCACUACUGCUACUGCUACGCCUGCUGCUACUACUGCGGCUAAUGGUGCUGCUAAUGGAAGUGUGAAUGGAAGUGCCUAG